GUGUAGUGUACGAGAGCCUGAGGCCGCUGGUCCCACCCACCACGCAGGGAGUACAAUGGAGAGACACUACCAGCACGGAGUUUAAGAUGCGAGUGCUGCGAUCCGUGCUGGGAGGGUGUGUGUGUGUCGUGGCCUGCGUGGUAGUGCUGACAACCAUUACAUCCACACCACCUACAGGCCCAGCCAUACACUCCAUUGUUUCACACAACCUAAAGGAGGAACUAGAAGGGAAGAUGACCUGUGAUGAGGAGCACUUAGAGAAACUGGGCUUUGUGGAGAAUCCUCAGCUAUACCCGAAACACCUGUGGGACAACCUGAGUACACCCGUUGUGGCAUCUGCUGUAUCUAGUGGGCAAGUGUGGCAGGUGGAGGGACUGCUGGGACUGGCACAACAAGUAUUGUCCAACCUGACUGUUGUGGUGUACAACCUUGAUCUGUCUUUAGUGGAACUCCAGCAGCUUGAGGAAGCAUGCAAUACAUCAUGUGUAGUGGUGACCUUUGACUUCAAUACAUACCCGUCUCACGUCCGGGACCUACGUCUCAAAGCUUACCGUCCCAUCAUUAUUCAGGAGUUAUUGGUUCGUUCAGGAGCUGUGAUGUGGCUAGAUGCGAGUGUACGGUUAGCAGAUGAAACCCAAGACACUGAUAAAGCAGUAGACUGGAGUGAAAUGGCAUUAAAAAGUGGGGGGGUCUUGACCUGGCCACUGCCCAACCCAGCACCUUUGCCCUCGGCAGCUCUCACACACCCCAACAUGUUUACCUUCUUCCACACAAAAAAACACAACUAUGACUUCCAGCAGAUGGGAGAUGCUGGGACGAUGGUCGUGUAUAACACAUUGGGUGUCCACCAGUACCUGAUGAAACCCUGGGUGUCUUGUGCUCUCACACACAACUGUAUUAGUCCUAUUGGUGCCCAAGACACUGGCUGCAGGUACGACAAAAAACCAUUAUUCCGCUACUCUGGCUGCCAUCACUACGACGCCUCGGCAUUUAAUGUCGCCUUGGGUGUAAUGUUCUCGUAUGACACUCGGCCAUACCUGGCUGCUUCUUCCCCCUUUGGCCGAGUGUCAAGGAAACCACAGCAAGAGGUGGAUGAUUUGCCAGGGGAAGAGGGCACUAACACCUCCAUUAGAGAUAACUCAACUAGGAAAUACAGUGGUAGGAAGACAGUGAAGGUAAUCAGUCUGGACUCAUCCCACUCUGGUGGUUCAUCUCUGAGACAUAACCAUCAAAACAUAAUACCAAGUUCUGGUAGCAGAGGAUUUAUACAAGUUGAUGAGAAGGUGGGAAGAAUUACUAAUGGGAAAAAUAAGAGUAGAGACACUACCAGUGUGCUGCACAUCACACACACCGGUUCUGCUGUUGAUAAUGAAGUCGAGCAUUGACCCAACCUUGCGUGUGAUAUAGCUUCAGUAUCAUCAACUACCAUUGUUAUUUCUACCUCUUGAAUUCCAUCUUAUGUAAAUUAAUUUCUUUAAGUUAACAUGAUCAUAUACAAAAUUUAGAUUGAGACAAUACACUUGGUUUAACAUUGAGAACUAUUAUUGUAAUUUUAAAGGAAAGUGACCAUACACAAAAUUUAGAUUGUUUUGAAACACUUUGCAUGGUUUAAUGGUGAAAAUUAAUAUUGUGCUAAAAUUAUUAUUGUGCUUUGUGAAUUAAUGUUAGGUAAGUUAUGCAAGAUGUGUUUAUAUAAUGUAUACACAUUGAACUCAGCAAUAGAAUCAGCUUUCAGUAGUAGCCAUGGCAGUGAUAACCAAGUUGUUGUUUCAUUAACAGUCGUCAACAUAAUUUUUCUGGUCUUAUUCCAGAGUCAAGCUUGACAAUAUUGUAUUUAAAUACUGUAGUCUUUAUAAACCAAAGAUGGGGAUUAAGGGGAAAUGUGGAAAGAGUAACUUUUGCUUUGUGAUUUGUACAUUUGGGUAUUUUUGGAGCUAAGUCAAAAAAACUUCUUUUGUAUAUAUUUAACCAACAGCCAAACUAUAUUUACUUGAAAAUCCAUUUCAUUUAUCUUUAAUCUUAUUAUUUUUCUAGUGCUUUUCCAGUCAUUAGUUUGUAUUUCAUCAUAGUAUUUAGUUAUCUGUAAUUGGGAGUUUUAUACUGUCGAUUAUUUUGUUUAUCAUUUAUUGCUAGAUGUUAUUGUCAAUUUAUCUUUGAUCUGGGAACUUUGAUUGUGACCAGUAAUGAUAUUUUCUGAAAUUCAUAAUACUUUCUCCUUCUAUCUAUAUGUACUAGGUAGAUAGUACAGUAACCAUCCAGUCUCAAGCACUACCUUCAGGCUGACAACUGUGAGUUAUUGAGUUUUGUAAAAUUACACUAACUUUUGUCCCAGUACUGUAUAGUGUGGAUUGUCACAUACAGUUUGUACGAAAUCUAUAUCACUGACACAAUUUAAGAUUUAGUUAUUUUUGUAGAAUGAUCAUUACAAAAUGAAGGGGAACAUAAUACUGUAUUGAAUAUUAUUACAGGUAUAGGCACUUGAUAUAUGCAGUAAACACAGGUACAUUGCUACACAUAUAGGAGAAGUUGCUGUAGUAGUGGAGCACAUUAUGAAUCCCUUGUACAGGAUGUCUAAUUUGUUAUGCUCCCUAGGAAAUACAUUAUUGCAGGAGAUUUUCAAGUGUUUCACCAUCUACUUCAAAACAUAAGUGGAUUCUAUGUGAACAUGAUGCCUCAACUCUCACUGUUAUGUCUUUGGUAAUCUUAUUACAUUCAAAUGUGUUGUUCUGGCUUAAGUCUUCAGUGAUUCUUGCACUGAUCGGUGUGUAGUAUCUGGCUCUCUGUACAGGAAUAUAAAACUGCCUCUUUCCUCUAGUGUUAAUUUCUCAAUCAUUGUUCCUUGAUGGUUUAUGAUUCCUAUGGUGGGCAACAUAUGAGACAUGCUGUACAAUACUCAUAACUCCUAUCAUUAAUUACAUUCAUUUCAAUUUUUGUUUCAGCUCUUUCUUAUGACUCUCUAUGGUACACUUGCUUGCCUCCGUUAUGUUCCUCCCUUUAUAAAGUUUCUGUUCAUUGACUCACCCAAGAUGAGAGCAAAUAGGGAAGUAAAACAAUAGAUUGAUUCAUUUGGAAGAUUUAUAUAUAGUACUUGUAUAUUUUUUUCUCAUGAUAUUUUGGAUGCCAUUACAACAUGCUAUAUUUUAUAUUCUUAGGUGUUUGGAUUGUACUUAUUUUUGUGGUGUAUGUAUUAUUGUGGAAUGUUAAUAAAUACAAUACAAUACUGUACAAAGAAUUGAUGGUUACUGUGAGUAGUAAGUUCUUCAUGCAAUAUUGUAAUGUUUUGUAGCUCUUGUUGUCAUUGUGUGGAAUAUUACACUACAGUACAUGUAUUCUCACCUCAAACACUUCAGCAACAUAAAAUUCAUGUGUCAAGUGAGUAACAAUGAAUUUGCUUUCAAUAGAAUUCAAUACUGUAUGUUGAUAUGUUAGUGUGCUUUGUACUGGGUAUUUACUGUGAACAUGAAACUCUUGUCAUAAGCAAUGUGACAGCUUGUGAUAUAGGUUGAUUCCUUUAUUAUUAAGCACAUCUGAUAAAUACUACAGGUGUAGUGCGUGUGUGUGUGUGGUGACAUCCACGUCUUGAAGCUAAGGAGAAUUUUCUUUCAUAGGGGUUUAUAUUUCCUCAUAGCUAAGGGAAAUUUUCAUAAAAAAUUUUUCUUUUCUUUUUCUUUUUUAAUUUACAAAGGAAAUGCUGCACAACACAUUAGUUCAUACAUAUUGUCUUUUAACCCUUUGAGUACAAUGGUCACAUGAGUGCUACUUCAUCAACAUUACCCUUAGGUGUGACAGUAAUGCCAAGGCCAUCAAAAAUUUUUGUCUCAUUCAAUCUCACAUUUUUUUAUGAAUACAAAUUAGCCAGUAUUUAAUUAGUGCAUUUUAAUAAUUUAUGACUUAAUAUGUAAUUAAAAUUCUUCUAUAUUAGUUUUGGCCCAUUAAAAACAGUUGAGAGAGGCUAAAAUCAGUGUUUUUAAAACUCGGAUUCGUUAUAAAAACUAAGUUUUUUACAAGAUACCUGUACUGUACAUUAAUAUUAUUUCCAAGGAAUUUGAAUGCCACUAAUGGAAAUCUCAAGGUUUUUAGAUAUAAGUCAAGUACUGGGUAAUUAUAAUUUAUAAAUGUUAUUUUAAUUGUUUCACUGCAAAAUUUUAAAUUUUGAGAAUGCCUGGGAAAUCUUACAAUUCACUCAAGGGAUUAAGAACAAUAUUCUGUAUGCCUUAAGGUCUCUCUAGUGAUGUGGUCAAAGUGAACCCAUAAACUGUAUAAGUGUGAAGGCACUAUUUUAGACAUGUACUUGAAUAGAGUGUUUCAUUAAAAAGUGUUUUGGUCAACACAGCACAAGAAAUGAAGUGAAAACUGACAUGAUUGAAGUUCCUCCCAAGAGGUUAUCACAGCAGAAUCACAUUGGGAGCAGCAACAUUAUGUUCAAAUUUUCUUCUCUAUGUGACAUGGGCAGUUCUCUCUCAGUAUUUAUUAUGCCCCACUAUUGAAUUUGUGGGAUCAUGUAUCCAUUUGUCUGUGUGAAAUUUGGUUCAGGAACAUAUGCUAAGUUUGAGAGUCAGUGUUUUCCAACUUAAUUUACUCAAGUUGUGGCCACCGCUCAAGCUUGAAAUACUGUUGAGGCUACAUCAUCAUCAGUGAUGUAGCCUCAACAAAAGCACAGUACCUUGUACUGUGCUACAUCUUGUUUCUGGAAUACUUACCAGUGUUGGGCUUGUUGUAAGAUGGUAUUUGUACUGUAUUUAAUUCAUGAAGACAGGAAUACAGUAUUGGAUAGUUUAAGGCAUCUUAAGUUAAUUAUUUACCUCACUAAAUUUUUUGAUGAUUAAUGUUUGUGUGCCAUGGAUGUAAGGAUUAAUUGAUUAUUUACUACAUAUAGCUGUAAACUUUUUUUCAAUCAAUUUGCUGUGUCAAGUCUCCAACCGUCAGUUUGAAUUUUCAGUAAUAGUAAAAGUGCAGUAGAUGAAGGAGCACUUUUGUACGUGUGUGUAUUGUGGUGUCUACUGGUGCUGUUGUCCUGUGCAGGUGAUCAUUGUUGAAAAUUAUCGUGAACAUUACUUAUAAAUUACUCAAUUUCCAGGCAGCUAAACCUGAAUAUAAAUCCUUUAGUGUUGUUUGUUUUAGGUUCAUGUUAUUGUCUUUAUAAAAAAUGGUUUUGUGAUCAUGUUUAUAACAUUAGAUGGUGUUCACAUCUUUGUCUUGGUAAGAAUGGUCAUUGUGUUUAGCUCUUGAUAAUAAAUUGCCUUGUCAGAUUGAUAAGAGUACAGUAGAGAGGCAUCUGAAAACUGCUCUCCAUUGAGCAUUAAAUAUUAUAACAGACCUUGGGUGUGAGUCUGGGACACACUUACUGUGUGUAAUAGUGGAUAUUAUCAAUUGAUUAAUUUUGUGUCCAGAGUGAGAACUGAUUACAUAUUGUGUGGGAUCCAUUUUAACUGUGCCCAGAAUAGAGGGUGGGGGAGCACUGCUCCUACAAUGAAAUUCCUGAUCUCUCUCUCCACCAAUAAUGAUUUCAAGUCUUGCAGUCACCUGAUAGAUACACCUACUUAAUUAAACAAAUGGUGUAGUAUUACUGGGUAACUGCACUGCUGUAGACAUGCUCUCAUGAGACUUGGGUGAUGGAAGUGUGGUACCCCCUCACCCCCAUCCUGGUAGUAGAGGUGACAGCUCAAUAUGAUGAAGAUGAAGAGUAAUGGUGUUGAUGAUCCACUGAUUGGUGUUGUUUUCUCUAGUCACUCUUAGUGUCCCUAAUUUUUUCCUAUUUAUUACAACAUAAUUGUACAAGUAGUUAAGACAUUUAAUAUUUACAUUUAGUCUUCACAAAAUAGAAACUAUUAAUUUAUAUAGGUUUUCUUGAAUAUUUCUGAUGAUGUUGAUGGAUGAAAUGGGCCCCAGGUCUAGUGGUCAGGUUAGGCAUAGUUAGAUUAGACAAGCUGAGAUUAGGAAGAUUGGGUCAGGUUAGCUUAGGUGGAGUUAAGUAAGGUCUGGUUGAAUUGAGUCAAGAUAGGAUAGGUUGGGGCCUUGUAGGAUUGGAGCUUAUUCGAUAUGCAACCAGUUGUUGAUAUAUUAAUCAUAUGUAUCACAUGAUCUUUUUAGUCUAUAUAUCAGUAUUCAGUUGUGUGUCAGCCAUGAUCAUGAACAAUUGUGAUGUAGAUAAUGGCACAAUGUUUGGUGCUUUGCAUGUAUUAUAACAACCACAGUAUGUUUUAACAGGUUAAUUUGGUAUUGUCAUCUUUAUUUCUCAAUUCUUGAUUAACUUUUUUCUUUCCUCCAUCUAUACAUUUCAUUGUGAGCUUAUUUCCAUAUUUUGUAAAUAUUUUCACCUGACAUCACCAUACAUUUUCUUUCUGUACCAGUUCUUAGUUUCAUUGUUUUCUUCAUAAUUUUCAAUAACUAUCACUAAUUAGUUCUGGAGGUUGCCCUUGAUGAGGUCCUAUAAGGUACAUGAACUUACAGUAGUAAUAUACUGCAUAGAGAAAAAUAAAACAGUUACUAAUGUUUUCUCAUAAUUUCUAUCACGUCCUCUCUGUACUGUUUCCCUCCUUUCUUGAGGCCUCUUGAUCCUCUCUACACAUAACUGGUGAAGGAGUAAAGGUAACAGAUACGUACAUAAAAUAACACUUACAACAUCUCAUAUUUAAUUGAUAACAUAUGUUCUAAUGCAAGUGAUGAUGGCUGUAAAGUGACAUAUAACUGGACAUGCAUUUAAGGAAUAAAGUAGUUUAUUUAUGUAGUUUAUCUUAACUUCCAGUAUACAGUAUGUGACCAUAGGGAGGAACAGAGAGAGAGAGACACACUAGAGAACUACAAAUUGCUCAUGUACCAAACUGAAUCUUUCCUGCACCACUUCAUUACCCCCUGCUUACAUUGUUGUUGCAUAUUCACACAUUCGCUAUAAAUUGUUUGUAGAAAAAUCUCAUGCAUUUUCCUCUUCCUCAGGUUUUCCCAGUAUUUCUUUGUCUCAGGACUUACACAGAUCAUCACCAUUUUUCUCAGAACUUAACAUUGAGACCAUCAUCAUCAUCCCUUCUGGUGAUUUCUUUCAUUGAGCAGUUGAUCCCCCAGGAGGAGUAAUGGGUAACUGAGAUAGUGUUACUGUAAACAAUAUAAAACUGAGUGAAAUUUCUGUCAAGUAAUUUACUGUGUGUCUAAAUAUCUAGUCUCCAGAAACAGUAGGGGUCUGUGUGAGAUGAUUGUAUGAAUAAUAUAUUGUGUAACUUUGUUUUGGAAAUAGAGGAUAAUUAAUUUUAAGUAGAAUCAAAUUACCAGUAUCAACAUAAUUUCUUCAAAAUUUAAAUUACUAGAAAGGAAUCGGUCCUUAACAUCAAACUCUUUUGGCUAACGUCCCAAGCAUGACUGUACUGUUCAUCUACCAGAGCUUAAAGAGGUUUUUACCUUUAAUCACCCAUAAUUGUACUCGUCUAUCUAUUCAAUAUAUGGAGUAGAUCCCUAAUAGAAACAGAUACAUUGCACAAAACUAGAAAGUAAACUACUGAUACAUAUUGAAUAAUUAGAUCCUUUUGUGGUACAGGAGAGAAACACCCAAAGUUAGCAACAGAACCUCUUGCUUACUGUAGUACUGGAGAUGUAGCUUGUAAUGUAUACUGUACUCUGAAGAUCACACAGUAGAUGUUCAGUGUUGUUUUGCUCUCGGUCAUCCAACUUACUUAUAUACUGUGCUAGACUUCUCUCUGCCUCUCCCCAAGUUAUCUUUUAAGUCGCCAGGAGUCCAUUCUCAUCGAUGUCCUGAUCAUUUUCUCCUCUUUCUCCUCUCCUCUCCUUCCCCAUUAUUCUCUCUUCUCCUUCCCCAUCAUUCUUACAACUUAUAUAUCCAAGGACAUUCUGUUUGGUAUUAUUCCUGAGUCACAUAAGUAAGUUAAUAUUUUACUACAAAGUCCAUCUGCCAUCACAAGUCAUAUUUGCAUUAUGAAAUAUUCACUCCACCCCUAACACAUUGCUGAUCAUUAACAAUGUAAGGUACAGUAUACAUUAAUUUUAUGUACUGAACUGUAUCAUAUGUCAUAUUUAGCCUUCAAGUGAUAGUGUACAGGUAAUAUACUACUGUACUUAUGUAGCAUUCUUUAGUUUUUGUUUUAAACAUUCACCUCCUGCUUGCUUGUCAUGUUCUGACAUAUUCAUCACACACACACUAGUACAGUAUUGUAUAGUUACUGUAUUGUAUUCCUUGCUUGUGUUCUCAUCUUUUCUUAUUUCCACACAUUCCAAAUUGUCUUUUCAGCAUUUAUUAUUUCUACAAACUAAUUCAGUAUUACAAACCAAAGUAGUAGUUUAUUGUGUUUUAAUCCUAACAUGUACAAUCAGAGAUAAAAGUAGUGUUGCAGUUUUGUCCGAAGAUUAAAUAUAACUCUUGAAACAUUAUGAGAGCCCCCUACCACAAGGCAGAGUGCACCAAAAGGUUAGCCCUUCGGCAUAUGUUUUCACUAAAUUUCACGACACGACUUUUGUCUUUCAUUGUACACUGAAUAACAGGCUUAUUAUACUGUAUUUGCAUUUUAAGGGCAAUAGUAUUUUACAGCAAAACCUUUUACUCGUCAUUCAGAAUGUUCCUAAUAAAUAUUUUAAACCUGCCUCAUUUACCUUACAGCACCAAUUUCUAAAUUCAUAAGUUAAGUUUAUUUAAAAAAUCUAAAUCUAUCCUAAACAGAUAUAGUACAAUACAUGUCAAUUUACAACAGUCCUUCCGACUCAUUUUAACAGUCGUACGUUAUAUUACUCGAGGCCUGAUUAUAUAGGGUAAAUUGCUUCUAAAAUGUAAGAAGCUAAUAAUAUUUCCUAACCCUUACUUCAGUGGAUUAGGUUAAGUCACUCACUGCAUCCAUCAUAUCCCAGUCACCUCUCUCCUCAACUCAUUUAAAUGGUCUUAUCCUAUAGUUCGGUAAUUCAGGUGUCGGCCAAUGUAUAUGAGCAGGUUAUUCUUCUCUUUAUUAUGAUUUUAUUAAUCUGUACAGUACUGUACCAUGAUUUUGGUUAUGACAGUUACUGUGUUGUAUUGAUCAAGUUUUCUUGUCAUAAUUGCUUUUAACCUUAUUUGUAUACUGUACAGUAUUGUGUCAGGACAUACAGUACUUGCCUUCCCUGGAACUAUAUACCUGAUGGAGUACUGUACUGUACUGUACAGUGUUCUUCAACUCAUUGGUCUUGUAGUGUAUGUGUUAGCCUCUUGAUAUUCACGUAUAUGAAAUGUAUGCCAGGAAUUUGAAAGUGCUGAUCUCUGUGUGAUAUUCGGUUCUUGUUUAUGAAUGAUUCACUGUAAUGCAUUUACACUAUAUAGUUAGUUAUGCUUAAAAGAAAGGGAGAAUGAGAUUACAUCGAAUAUAUUACAGGGGGUAUUAGGGAUGGUGGGAUAAAGGUGGAGAUGAUUAUGGGCAAAAAAGAGUAUAGGUGGGCCAGAGGAAGGCAGAGACUAGGGUGAAUGAAUGAAAUUAAAAAUAUUGGUCCCCAGAGAGAUGAAAAAUCUGGGAGGAUGACUACCAAUAACUCAAACAUUCAGAGUGAAGAGCCAUAUUUUUGAGCCGUCGUACAUGCUGUCUUGACUGAGUGACAUUAAUUAGGUUAUAUUUUGAAAUUAAAUAUUGAAUAUAUUUUGUUAAAUGAAAAAGAAGAAUAGAGAAGUAUAUUAAUAAUCUUAAAAAUUAGUAUCAUGUUGGAUAUUAUUUUAUAAGAUGGAGUGAAAGUUGUGUAUGAUGGCCAGAGAGGAUAUUACCACACAGUUGGCUUUGUUAGUGUCCAUGACUUGGGAGAAACUCUGGAUGUACAGUAAUGAGAUGAGACACUGGCCACCUGUCUUAUAACAAACAGCUUACCUAUUGUGCACUUACAAACUUGGUAAUGUUUCUUAGUCUUAGAUAUUUGUGGUCCCUAUAUGCUUAUUGUGCUAUUGUAUAAUAUAUAUAUAUAUAUAUAUAUAUAUAUAUAUAUAUAUAUAUAUAUAUAUAUAUAUAUAUAUAUAUAUAUAUAUAUAUAUAUAUAUAUAUAUAUAUAUAUAUAUAUAUAUAUAUAUAUCCCUCCUACUACAUAUUUUUAUUUAUUUACAGUAUUUAUAUACAGGGUAUUUAUUUAUUAUAUUUUACAGAGUUUCUGUUUUCCCCAUGGAAUGAAAUUAAUGUUAUACUGUACUGUAUGUAAAAGUUAAGGAUGCUCAUGCUGCAAGUCAUAUACAACAAAUUUGGUUAAUGAUUAUUACAAUGUGACAAGAUCAGUGAAUCAGUACAGUAUGUAGAAAAAAAGAUGUGUUGUAGAGGAGGGUGUUGUAGGUAUGACUGAGUACAGUACUGUACUGUGUAGCUUUACAGUCUAUACAACCCAUCUUGGGGAUAAAACUUGCCUGAGAUGGAAGGAUGUACAGUUCUGACUACUUGUACAGGUAUGUUAAGAACAGAUGGUAGGAAGUGAUUUGAGGGAUGAACUAUUUUACUCUUGAGGUGAACUUUAUAGGAGGAAUGUUACUUGCUGAGGACCAAGUACACUGUCUGGAGGAUAGGUUAUUAUUGACCAAGUCUGUCAUAUGUGAUAAAGGUGGAUGUUUAGGUAUAUGGGAAAUCUAGACUGUGUUAACACUAUUGUUGUGUGUGCUUUCAGAAAUCUUUGCCAUGCUAAACAGUGGCUGAAACUGGGAGAUCUGGUUUCUGUGUGGUGUAACAUCUUAAAUUUAUUUACCUGUAAAUAAGCUGUCCAUAUUCAGAUAUGGUCAUAAGAUUGCAUAUAUGAAGUGUUCAAUGCCUCCCAACAUUGACAAAUUUUGAAAGCAUGCACGAAUUUGCUGUUGUUACUAACUACUGUAUGGUACUGUACUGCUGUGAAGGAUGAGUGGCAGCAUAUUGGGUAAUUUACCUUUUGUUAAGUGUAUAGAAACAAGUAAAGGGCAGCUACAGUGUUGUAAAUACCUAAUACGAACAAUUUCAGAGAAACGAAUGUGCUUUUGUUUGAUACAAAUAUAUAAUGCAGACAAUGCUUUCAGCAAACAAGGAAGGUGCAAGAGUUAUAGAAUUUCUCAUUAUUUUGAAAAUUAUAUUGUAUAUGCAAUGGCCUUUGUACAGUCAAAAAGCAAUUAAAGUUUUAUUUGUUUCA